GACGGACCUCCUAUUGAAAUCAAAGGCAGUUUUGGCAGCGGCCACAGGAGUGCAUUGGCACGAAGUCACAGGUUAUGCACUUCAGGGAAAACAUCGUUACGCUUUUGAGUAGAACGGAGUUUAUGAUGGAACUUACAUCUUUGCCUAAAUUCCUUUGGACAAGUGACAACAAACUUCUACAUCACCAUUUUCCGGACAUAUUGGCUACUGUUCAUACCACACAAGACAUUCCUGAAGAAGUUGUUUUUGGACCAUGCAUGCUCCAGAACACCCUGCUGGACACUGUAGCUUUUAUUGCUCUCAAGUGUUCUGAUAGACGGAACAUCCACUAUGUAUUUAAGGUAGAUGUUACAUCUGUGCACAGUCCCACAGGACUGCCUUGGAUGAGACUUGUACAAGCAGCUGCCAAUAGCAGGGAGCAGAACUUGGAAGCUUACUUAGAAAACAGUCAGUUAUAUUAUCGCUCUACUAGGAAAAUCAACAAAAAUGAGGAACUGCUUGUCUGGUAUGAUGAGGAGCUUUCUAGCCUCUUGGGUUUCAAUGAGAUAAAAGCUCAGAGUCCCCAGAAUGACUUGAGAUGCCAAGAAUGUGACCGAGUCUUUAAAUGUGAAUAUUCCUAUCUCUCCCAUGUUCGCUUCCUGUGUGUCCCAGAGAAGAGCGCCCUGCUAUGGAGAAACUUCCAGGACCCUAAGACUGAAAAGAGCAACUUAGCUGAGCAGACCACGAAUUUCCACAGCCUGGCAAGGGAUCUAGAGGUCAAAAUGGCAGCUUGUAAAGAUGAUGCCCAUGGUCUCACAGGAGAAAAGAGAGCAAAAUCUGAAGAGGCUGAGAACAACAGGAGCAGGAAAACAGUGUUGUUGGAGAAAACCAAUAAUUUGAGUGAGGAACAUAACUGUGGGGGCAAGGAGGAGGUUGGGGGAGAGCAUGCAUUGGCUGGUUCUUUCUGCAAGCUUAGUUCAGGGAAGCAGUCAGCUAGGAAGGAUGCUUUAGAGCAGAAGCAGAGUGCUUUCACUGAGGUCAGGAGGAUGAAGGAGAAGCUGAGGCAUGAGAGACCGAAGGAGUCAGAACAGGAAGAUGGCAUGGUCCCACUUGGCAAAGAGCAGGUAUCAAAGGAAAUGUUGCUGAACUCCUCUGGUAGUGCAUUCUCCUUCGUGUGGCCCACCAGAGCCCGAGGAGAACAGAAGAGUGCUUUCAGCAAACCCAGUAAGUGUCUAGCAGAAAGAGCUGCAAUAAAUUCUUCUCAUCCCAUGAGUGAGUCAGCAAAGAGCCUGGGGGAGCUGUCCGGCUUCAUUGCCACCACAGACAUCAUGUGCUGCAGCACUCUUCUCAAUUCCAAGUUCUUUGUCAGUGAUUUGUGUAAUGCUCAGAUGCUGCAGACAAGCAUCACUCGGAGCAAUGUUUUCCCAUAUACCUCAGAACCGUGGCCCAAACAAGCAGGAGGGCAGUUACAAAACACAACCACCACUUCCUCCUCUUCCUUGACUCUUCUUCCCCCGACCUUCACGUCCUUUGGAGUGGCUGCCCAGAACUGGUGUGCCAAAUGCAACCUGUCCUUUCGCAUGACAUCUGAUUUAGUCUUCCACAUGCGGUCACAUCACAAAAAAGAAUACUCCUCAACUGAGUACCAGUGCAAGAGGAGACGAGAGGAGAAGCUAACAUGUCCCAUUUGUCAUGAGUACUUCCGAGAACGCCAUCAUUUAUCCCGGCACAUGACUUCUCAUAAUUAGAGCUGUGCAGACAGAUCUCACCAAGGGACUGGGCAGGUUGGGUAAAGAAGGGGAACAUGAUUCACUUGUAUCCAUUUCGUUUUGAGUUUAC